GACAAGAGCCUGCGCUGUUGAAUGUGGCAGACGCCGCUUCAUGCGCAGCUGUUUCGAUCUAUGAAUACAAAUAAAUAUCGUUGAUGUCAUAGUUGUUAAUUUUUUAUAAAAAUCUUACAAAAUGGUUGUGGGAUCUAUUGAAAUCCCGUUACGGGACACCGAUGAGGUGAUAGAGUUGUGUUUAGACCAAUUACCUGAUGGAGAUGAAGUCCUUGGAAUAUUACGCCAAGAACAUGCUCAACUUCAUAUUUGGGUUAAUCUUGCUCUGGAGUAUUAUAAGCAACACAAAAUUGAAGAUUUUAUCAAAAUUCUUGAAUCAUCUCGUACAGAUGCCAACAAUGACUAUCGUGACUAUGAAAAGGAUCAAAUGCGAGCUUUGGAUAUGCUUGCUGCCUACUAUGUCCAAGAGGCUAACCGUGAAAAGAAUAAGGAUAAGAAGAGGGAUUUGUUCACAAAAGCUACACUUUUGUAUACUACAGCUGACAAAAUUAUUAUGUAUGAUCAGAAUCACUUGCUUGGAAGAGCAUAUUUUUGUUUGCUUGAAGGAGAUAAAAUGGAGCAAGCUGAUGCUCAAUUUAAUUUUGUUCUCAACCAGUCUCCUAACAAUAUACCCUCUUUACUUGGUAAAGCCUGCAUUGCUUUUAAUAAAAAAGAUUACAGAGGUGCUCUUACAUUCUACAGAAAAGCUCUAAGGACUAAUCCAAACUGUCCUGCUGGAAUGAGAGUAGGCAUGGGUCAUUGUUUUAUGAAGUUGAAUAAUCAGGAUAAAGCACGCAUGGCUUAUGAAAGAGCUUUACAUCUUGACAAUAAGUGUGUUGGAGCAUUAGUUGGUCUAGCAAUAUUGAAAUUAAAUGAACAAAAUCCUGACAGUAUAAGAGCUGGUGUACAAAUGUUAUCCAAAGCUUACACGAUUGAUUCCACGAAUCCAAUGGUAUUAAAUCAUUUGGCUAAUCAUUUCUUUUUUAAAAAAGAUUAUAACAAGGUUCAGCACUUAGCAUUGCAUGCCUUUCACAACACUGAAAAUGAAUCAAUGAGAGCAGAGAGCUGUUAUCAACUGGCUAGAUCUUUUCAUGUCCAGCAAGACUAUGAUCAAGCCUUUCAAUACUACUACCAAGCAACGCAAUUCGCAUCGCCUUCUUUUGUCCUACCGCACUAUGGUUUAGGCCAAAUGUAUAUGUACAGAGGAGACAAUGAAAAUGCAGCGCAAUGUUUUGAAAAAGUAUUAAAAGUCCAACCAGACAAUUAUGAAACUAUGAAAAUUCUUGGUUCAUUGUACGCAAACUCAAGCUCUCAGUCAAAAAGGGACAUCGCGAAAAAUCAUCUUCGAAAAGUUACAGAACAUUAUCCAGAUGAUGUUGAGGCCUGGAUAGAACUUGCUCAAAUCUUGGAGCAGAGCGAUUUACAAGCCUCAUUAAGUGCUUAUGGAACGGCUACUCGAAUAUUACAAGAAAAAGUUCAAGCAGAUAUACCUCCCGAAAUUCUAAAUAAUGUUGGCGCUUUACAAUACAGAUUAGCAAACCUUGAAGAAUCACGCAUAAAAAUGAUGGAAUCGUUGGAAAGAUCAAAAGCUGAUGCGGAGCAUGAUCCAAAUUACUAUAAUUCAAUCGCUGUUACAACAACUUACAAUCUAGCUCGAGUUUACGAAGCACACUGCAUGUUUGAUAAAGCUGAAAAGUUGUAUAAAGAUGUUUUAAAGGAACAUCCGAAUUACAUAGACUGCUAUUUACGAUUGGGUUGCAUGGCUCGUGAUAAAGGACAGAUUUAUGAAGCAUCAGAUUGGUUCAAAGAUGCAUUACGAAUUGACAAUGAGCAUCCAGAUGCUUGGUCACUUUUGGGUAACCUUCAUUUGGCAAAACAGGAAUGGCAACCUGGUCAGAAGAAAUUUGAAAGAAUUCUUAAGAAUUCUUCGACCAAUAAUGACGCCUAUUCACUUAUUGCACUUGGUAAUAUAUGGCUACAGACAUUGCAUCAGAGUAAUAAAGAUAAAAAGCGAGAAAAAAGGCAUCAAGAUAAUGCACUAGCCAUGUAUAAGCAGGUUUUGAGAACUGAUCCAAAAAAUAUUUGGGCAGCUAAUGGCAUUGGCUGUAUAUUAUCUCAUAAAGGUUACAUCAAUGAAGCUCGUGAUAUUUUUGCUCAAGUAAGGGAAGCAACAGCCGAGUUUCCCGAUGUAUGGCUAAACAUAGCCCAUAUUUACGUAGAACAAAAACAAUACAUCAGUGCCAUUCAAAUGUAUGAAAAUUGCUUGAAAAAGUUCUACAGUUACCACCACGUAGAAAUUCUUGUGUAUUUAUCAAGAGCCUAUUUGAAAGCUGGAAAAUUGAAGGAAGCUAAAUUGACAUUAUUGAAGGCUCGCCGAGUGGCUCCGCAAGAUCCAUUGUUACUGUACAACAUUGCGUUAGUACUUCAGCAUUUAGCUACAAUGGUGUUAAAAGACGAAAAAUCAACGCUUUCGACGGUGCUUCAAGCAGUACACGAAUUAGGGUUGUCGCACAAAUACUUCCAAUAUCUAGCGAGCCACGGAGAAAGGCUUGUACAGCCAGCUGAAACCGAGUCGAGGCGCUGUCAAGAUUUGCUGUCUCAGGCACAGUAUCAUGUCGCUAGAGCUAGAAGACUCGACGAGGAAGAGAAAAUGCUCAGAAAGAAACAAGAAGAAGAAAGGCAAGCCUUUAAAAUGCGUCAGACCGAGGAGCUUCGUAAACUGGAAGAGUUACGAAAGCAACGAGAAGAGGAGAUACUACAGAAGCGUCAAGAAUAUGUGGAAAAAACGAAAGGUGCGCUAGUGUUCGGCGAAAUGCCUGACGAAAAAACCGGAAAGAAGGGAAAGAAAGGUAAAUCCCGCCAAGAGGGCGAAAUCGCCACCGACAGCGACGACUCGGAUGCUGUUAAUGAAGCAGGUCCAGUCGACGGUGAAGAGAAAAAACACAAAAAGAAAAAGUCCAGUGGCGAGGGUAAAGAAAGAAAAUCCCGUAGUAAGGGCAAGCGCAAGAGGGAUCUGAAUGAGAGCGAUGGAUCGGGCAGUGAUAGGCCUAAGGUUAAACGAGGAAAGAAAAGUGGUGCUAAAAAAGAGAAAGCUAAGAAAGCUGUCAAAGAGCUCACAGUACCCAAAUCACGUAUCAUAUCGAAAGAAACAAUUUCAACCGACGAAUCAGACAGUGACAAUGAGCGUGCGAAACUCAGGAGCGGAGACGAGAGUGACUCAGGAGCUCCCAAAGGCAAACGACGCAUCGCUUCAGACUCUGAAGGAUCGCGCGCUUCGCGUUCACGUUCACAUUCAGCUUCACGUUCAGGUUCAGGCUCGCGGUCACAAUCACGAUCGCGCUCACGUUCCCGCUCCAGAUCUGGUUCCGGCUCUCGCUCACGCUCAGGUUCUGGCUCGAGAUCGAGGUCAGUGUCUAGAUCGAGAAGUAGAACUGGUUCAAGAUCAAGGUCCGGGUCGAAAUCUGGCUCGGCUAGGAGCGGCUCUGGUUCCCGAGCAUUCUCGAGAUCGAGAUCGCGCUCCAGGUCAGGCUCAAGAUCGAAGUCGAGGUCGAGGUCGCGUUCUAAGUCUGGCUCUCGUUCGCGAUCGAGGUCCAAAUCCCAAUCGAGAUCAAGAUCACGUUCAAGAUCUAAAUCAAAGUCAAGAUCAGUGUCGAGGUCGAGAUCUCAGUCCAGAUCUAAAUCCAGAUCUAAAUCCAGAUCAAAAUCCAGAUCUAAAUCAAGAUCAAAAUCCAGAUCUAAAUCAAGAUCAAAAUCCAGAUCGAAAUCCAGAUCGAAAUCUAGAUCGAAAUCCAGAUCGAAAUCCAGAUCGAAAUCCAGAUCGAAAUCCAGAUCGAAAUCCAGAUCGAAAUCCAGAUCGAAAUCCAGAUCGAAAUCUAGAUCCAAGUCUAGCUCCAAAUCAAAGUCGCCUUCAAGGUCCAAAUCACGUUCCAGGUCAGCCUCUAAAUCCAAGUCUCGAUCACGAUCCGGAUCAAGAAGUGGUUGAAUUUCUAGAUAUGUCAUUUAAUAAAUCUUUAUGUAAACAUUUAGAGUAAAUAAAAUCAUUAUGCAGAAAAUCAAUUUAGUUAUAUUAGUUACUAUCAAGAAUUAAACAUAC